AACUGUAUCGGGAAGAAGAUAACCAAGUGCAUCGUUGCCGAUGAUUCAAAAGUCAUCGACGGUGUUUCUCACUCCGAAUUUGAAGCUUCCAUCAUCGGCAAAAACCAUUGUCGCAGCUCGCCGGAAGGGCAAGAACAUGUGGCUUCAGCUCGAUUCUCCGCCGUUUCCUUCCUUCCAAUUCGGUAUGGCUGGUGCGAUAUACAUCAAGGGAGUUGCAGUAAUAAAGUACAAAAGGUCUGCUGUAAGUGAUGAGGAUGAAUGGCCUUCCAAAUAUUCAAAGUUUUUUAUUCAGCUAGAUGAUGGUUUGGAGAUAUCUUUCACUGACAAAAGGAGAUUUGCAAAAGUUCGCCUGCUCAAAGAUCCGACAUCAGUGCCUCCCAUAUCCGAGCUUGGUCCCGAUGCACUCUUUGAACCCAUGACACUUGACGAAUUCACUGGGCGUUUGCACAAGAAGAAAACUGAAAUCAAGGCUUUAUUACUAUAUCAAAGCUAUAUUUCAGGUAUUGGAAAUUGGGUUGCAGAUGAAGUGCUCUACCAAGCAAGGAUUCAUCCACAACAGUCAGCUUCUAGUUUGUCGGGAGAAAACUGCUUAACUUUGUAUGAGUGCAGUAAAGAGGUUAUUGAAAAAGCAGUUGAAGUUGAAACACGUAACCAAGUACAACAUCAACCAACUCCAAUGGCAACGGAAACGCAUCAACGGCAGAACCUGCGAAACCAAACUGAAGAAAACUCAAUUAGUAUCCAACAGAAAACUCACUUCCGAUAA